AUGAAGACUAAGGAUCCGAAUCGAAAACCCAAUUCGAUUUCCGGGCGACCUGUAAGAAAACCUGGUCAAACGAAUCAAACCCAGACAAGGAUUGUGAUUGAGAAUAUCUACGAGAGCAGAGCUGAGCCAAGUGAUGGCGUGGCGGUGCAGAUGACCCUCUUGUUCUUCACAGCCCGUCCCACCUUUUGGGUUCGAGCCUCCAAGAUCGCCAUUUCCCAUUUCCACAGUCUUUCCCAUGGAGGAGCUCGACCUCAAAUAGAGGUAAUAUCAAACCCAGAGGCUUGGUUUGUUAAGGUUGUUUGCACUCUCUUUGUUCGCUCGCAUGCUUUGGAUUCGUACUUGGGUUAUCUUAGUAAGAACUUGACGCCUUCUAUUGCUUUCGAGGUUAUUAGACGGCUAAACCAUCCGAAACUGGGGUUGAAGUUCUUUGAGCUUAGUAGGCUCAGUUUGAGUGUUAACCAUAGUGUAUGGACGUACAAUUUUCUUUUGAGGUCUCUAUGUCAAAUUGGUCUUCAAGAUUCUGCUAAGUUGGUGUUUGAUUACAUGAGGAGUGACGGUCAUGCGCCUGAUGAUUCGAUUGUAGAACUAUUGGUAUCAUCCUAUGCCCAAAUGGGCAAGUUAAAUAACGCUGAGAAACUUCUUGAUGAGGUUCACUGUGGUGAGGUUAGAUUGUCGCCUUUUGUGUACAAUAACUUGUUCAAUGUGUUGGUUAAGCAGAAUAAAGUAGAGGAGGCUGUUUGCUUAUUUAGAAAGCAAAUGGGUUCGCAUUGUCGUCCAGAUAGUUGGACUUUCAAUAUUCUAAUUCGAGGUUUAUGCAAAAUUGGAGAAAUUGAUAAGGCUUUUGAGUUUUUCAGUGAUAUGGAGAGUUUUGGUUGUUACCCUGAUAUCGUUACAUACAACACACUAAUUAGUGGACUUUGUAGGGCUAAUGAGGUAGAUAGAGGGUGUCAUUUACUCAAGGAGGUUCAGUCAAGAAUCGAACUUUCACCGGAUGUUAUAACUUUUACGUCAGUCAUAUCAGGCUACUGCAAAUUGGGUAAGAUGGAGGAGGCCUCUGUUCUUUUUGAUGAGAUGAAUAAUUCUGGAGUUGGACCAACUUCUGUUACUUUUAAUGCAUUGAUUGAUGGAUUUGGUAAGUCUGGUAACAUGAUUUCUGCACUUGCUAUGUAUGAGAAAAUGCUCUUUCAUGGUUAUCGUCCGGAUGUUAUAACCUUCACUUCCCUAAUUGAUGGCUAUUGUCGAGCUGGGAAACUGAGUCAGGGAUUAAAGCUUUGGCAAGAGAUGAAUGCAAAAAAUGUAUCUCCCUCUGCAUAUACGUUCUCUGUCCUUAUUAAUGCUUUGUGCAAGGAGAAUAGACUACAGGAGGCACAUGAGUUUCUGAGGCAAUUGAAGUGGAGUAAUGUCAUUCCACGACCGUUUAUAUAUAACCCUGUGAUAGAUGGAUUUUGUAAGGCUGGCAAUGUUGAUGAGGCAAACCUAAUUGUAGCAGAGAUGGAGGAGAAGAGAUGUAGCCCUGAUAAAGUGACAUUUACCAUUCUCAUACUCGGGAAUUGUAUGAAAGGGAGAAUGUCAGAGGCAAUUAGCAACUUUAAAAGGAUGUUGGCGAUUGGAUGUGCCCCAGACAACAUCACUGUAAAUUCUUUGAUAUCUUGCCUCAUGAAGGCUGGGAUGCCUAAUGAAGCCCAUCACAUUAAGAAAAUUGCAUAUAAGGAUCUGAAAUUGGCUGCUCUACCACAAAAGUGGAAUUGGAACACUGCUUGCAGUGGUUGGACAAGAUCCUCCCACAAUGGUAGUUCAAGUAUCAGAAUGAAGCAUGGGCAGUUUGUGACACAAAUGAGUCGACAACUAGUAAGUGCUUUGCCCAUGUUCAUUUUUAGUCGAGACUGUAUAUUAGCCUUGCCAUACAACUUUUGCUCAAUGAUACAAUUCUUCGAUAGGCCAGCCCUACACUCCGCAAGGUUAUACUUGUUCAUGUUCCGGCUUCUCAGCCACCAUGGAUCUAGUGUCAUGGCAAGGCAAAGGGAAGUGGGAGGGAGGAAUUACAAAGCUUCAUAA